AUGGCGAGACCAAGAUCGCGCGUUCCUCGACUUAAUCGCCAUGGCUCGUCCUCGUCUUCUCGCGCUAGUAAUCCACCUUUAGCGACAACGCCAGAUCCUCUUUCGACACCAGCCUCGAUCGCUCGCUCAAACGCGUCCGGUCAUAGCCGUCCUUCCACACCCCAGCAAGUGCCGUCGCCGUUUUUGAUCUUUGGAAGGCGCGAGAGUUGGGGUAGUACGUUUAGUGCGGAAGCAAUGGCAAGCUGGGAUCUCGAGGACAGAUUGAGACUUUGGAGGCACGAUGCGUUAAUGCAUAAUAUGUACGAGACUGCCGCGUUUUGGGGAAACAAGGUUAUGACAAUGACUAAUGAUCCGAGCGACGUAUACUGGCUAGCACAAACGUAUUUUCGAAUGGGACAAUAUGCACGGGCACAGCGUGUCAUGGCAGAAGUGAUGGAUUCGAGUGUUGCGUGUCGUGUUCUUGCAGCACAAUGUUCUAUUCGCAUGGAGCAGUACCAGAAAGCUUUGGAUAUCCUUGGCGAAGAAAAUCCGUUUCAUCCAGAAAUCGACGCGCGAGUUAUCAAUACGGAAGGCGGAAUUAAACUCGAGGCGAUGAUGUGUUAUCUUCGAGGAGUGGCAUAUUUGCAGCUGGCUAAUUUAGAACAAGGGAAAAAAUGUUUCCAAGAAGCCGUGGAGUUGGACGUGAAAUGUUUUGAGGCCUUUCAUGCUUUAAUAUCAAAUCAUAUGCUGACAAGCAGCGAAGAGUGGAACUUUGUAAAUUGCCUGGAUUUUGAAGGACAGUGUGGAUCAUCAGACGCCGAAUUUAUCAAGAAUAAUUAUGUGUCGCUUUUGAAGAAGCAUGAACACGUCAAAGAGAUAGAAGAGGCUCGUUCAGUUUUAGAACAAAAGUAUGGGUUGGCAAAGAACACAGAUGUUAUACUGAGUCAUGCUGAACAAUUAUAUGCCCAAUGUCGUUUCAAGGAAUGUUUAGAAUUGACAGCAAAAAUAUUAGACGUUGAUAAAUACAAUCAGUCCUGUUUACCGAUUCAUUUUGUUUGUCUUCAUGAAUUGCGAGAGAAGAAUAAGUUAUUUUUAUUGGCUCACGAGCUUGUCGACUAUUAUCCUGAAAUGGCGGUUACAUGGUUUGGGGUUGGUUGUUAUUAUUAUUUAAUUGGACAGAACGAAGAAGCCAGGAGAUAUUUCAGCAAGGCAUCUACGAUAGACUCUCAUUAUGGUCCUGCAUGGAUAGGAUUCGGACAUUCGUUUGCCCUCGAAUCAGAACAUGACCAAGCUAUUACGGCAUACUCUACAGCGGCUAGGUUAUUCCAAGGAUCUCAUUUACCAGUCCUAUUCAUUGGAAUGCAACACCUUCAGGCGAGCAAUCUACUAGCUGCGGAAGAAUAUCUGCUUACCAGUUAUCAAAUUUGUAAAGGAGACCCUCUAGUACUAAACGAGCUGGGAGUUUUAUAUUACAAUAAGCAAAAUUACCAAAUUGCAGUCGGACAUUUUGAGAAAGCGUUGAAGAUAAUUGAGGAGACCAAAUGUCGACCACAAAUAUGGGUGACAACUUGGAUGAAUAUUGGACAUGCCUAUCGAAGGAUGUGUGAAUUCGAUAAAGCGGAAAUGUAUUAUAAAAAAGUAAUAGAAAUUUCUCCGCCAAAUGCUGGUGCCUUGGCGGCAUUAGCCUAUAUCUAUCAUGUAAAAGAAGAAUAUGAGAAAGCGAUCACAUUGUAUCAUGAGGCACUAGGUAUUAUGCCAAUUGAUUCCUCCGCACAAGAUCUACUUAAUAACUGUCUUGAGGAAUGGAUAAGGCACAAGCAGUCCCUCUCUAAUGAUACGCUCCAACUACUUGAUUAA